UAUGAUCAUUUUAUUAAAAAUUUUAUAUGAGCUAGCUAACUAAUACGAUACAUUUAGAUUUAGAGGCAACAAUGUGAUAGCUCCUGCAGCAACCAAUCCGGCAAAUCGUCGACAGAUUAGGCCAUAUGGGGAUUGGCAGUGGAAUGAUAUUUGUUGGGAGGGAUGAAAUAGGUUAAGACCUGUGAAUGCAAUAUUGGGAACACUUUGUCGGUUUCAGUACCAGGAAUGGUCACUAUUGGAGGUGUACUUCAGCCUGCAUUGAAGUGCGAGCACUAUAAGCUGCAAUCGGAUGAUCAGGGCGUCAUGACUACCACGAGGGUUUGGAAUAAGUUCUGGGUACAUUUUUAUCAUAACUUGUAUAACUUGUAUAACUACUAUCUAUUUGAUUCAUUUAUAAGUUGUCUAACUAAUUUAUUUUUCUUUUUAUGAGAGGUAUCGUUUGCCGGAGGUGGAGGAGCAGUGCCUACAAGUUAGGGCUUGUUCUGUGUUUGACAAGGCAACGACGAAGGUGGUUAGGGAUAUGAUAUCCAAUGCUCGUAUACAGUGUGUUUGCUUAUACUAUAAGGAAAUAAAACUGCAAGACAUGAACAAGAAACUGGGCGCUUCUGAAAUAUAUCUCCGAGAGGAUGAGUAUCUUCAAGUUGAUAUUAGCGGUUUGCCUUGGUUGAAAAAGUGUCCAGAUGCUUGGCGAGCACUUUGUGCUUAUUGGGCUUCACCCACCUUUGUGGAAAAAUCCAAAAUGAAGAGAGCUAAUCGUCAAGCAGGACCACAGGUUAAACAAAGAUAUGGGGCCGAUGGACACCUUCGUUUGGCUCGUUGAAUAGAGGCACAAAGUGGGAUGGCCCCAAGCUAUAUUGAGACAUACAUUCGAGGCCAUCACGGCGCAGAUCCUACACAGCCAGAGUUGCUUUGCAGUGAGAAUGCCAUACAGACUCUGGUGAGAUAUGGUGAUGAAAUGGUGGCAUGUCAUCAGGAGGAGUACGAUUGGAGGAGGAGUGAUGUGGAUGUUGGUGCCUUAUACUCAAACGGGGGAGGGAAGAAGCAUGACAGGUUCAGCAUGUUGAAUGACAUUACUGAUACAAGUGGUGCUUUGAGUGAGGCAAGAUCUUCUCAGUCCUCUCGGAGUUCUCAGGGCUACGAAACGGAAAGUCGACUGCAGGAGGAGAUAAGGCAGCAUAGAGAGGGGAUGCAGAGGCAAGAGGAGUGGGCAAGGCAACAACACGAGUACAUGCAAGAUUUUUUCGCUCAGCAACGACAGCUUCAGGAAAUGUUAGCUGCUACCCUUGGAUCACAAUUUAAUUUGCCACCUCUUCCUUCGCCUCCUCCACCACCGCCGACUUUUGUACCAUACAUGCAUCUAUCAUCUCUACAAGUGGGUUCGACGAGUAGUCAUCCUCAAGGAGUUUCUGGCAGCCCGUCCACGCCACCAUCGACAGCGCGUAACAUUUAUGAAGCCACACGUUCAGGCUGUGCUUUACCUUUCCUUCUCGCGUCGUCCUAUAUGAAGCUACACAGAGAAGACAUAGUAGAGCAAAGAAGAAAGACCGAUCGAUCAAGUUGCAAACAAUGAAGACCCGGAGCCUCAGCCUCGCCGUUGCAGCUACAGCGGUUGCCGCCGCUGUCAUCUUUGCUCUCUCUGCUACGGUCCUCCUGGGAGCAGCCGCUGCCGUCGUCGAGCACACGUUCGUUGUGAGCCAGAUGAAUGUUAGACACUUGUGCAAGGAGACGCUGGUCACCGUGGUGAAUGGUCAGCUCCCAGGCCCAGCGAUAGAGAUCACAGAGGGAGACUCGGUGGCCGUUCUUCUCGUUAACACGUCACCCUACAACAUAACAAUCCAUUGGCAUGGAGUGAAGCAAUGGCUGAACUGUUGGGCUGACGGCGUGCCAAUGGUCACCCAGCGCCCCAUCCUGCCGAACCACAACUUCACCUACAUGUUCAACGUCAUCGGGCAUGAAGGCACCCUCUGGUGGCAUGCUCACGUCCCUUUCCUCCGGGCCACCCUGCAUGGUGCUCUCAUCAUCCGGCCAAGACAUGGGGCGAGCUCCUAUCCAUUUCCAAAGCCUCAUAGGGAGUUUCCAAUCAUUAUAGGGGACUGGUGGGAGCUGGACCUUCCACAGGUGGGUUGGAACAUGAAGCAUGGUUCCUUUGAUUUCUUCGCUAGCGGUUCCACAAUCAAUGGAAAGCUUGGAGAUCUCUUCAAUUGCUCCGGUGUCGCUGAAGAUAACUACGUGCUGGAUGUUGAGCCCGGCAAGACAUACUUGCUUCGAGUAAUCAACGCCGGGCUCUUCUCCGAGUUCUACCUCAAGAUAGCUGGGCACAAAUUCACAGUGGUUGCUGCUGAUGCACACUACGUCAGCCCCUACACCAUGGAUGUCAUCGCGAUUGCGCCCGGCGAGACGGUGGACGCCCUGGUUGUUGCCAAUGCGCCCCCUGGCAGGUUCUACAUGGUUGCCCUGCCCAACCAGGCGCCAUUGCCAGACACGCAGACCCCGGAGUACACCACCAGAGGCAUGGUGCAGUACAGCAGGAACCACAGCCGCUCUGGUGCCAAUGGUGCAGCGGCACUAAUGUCAACACACGGCGCAAAAGAAGAAGAGGAGGAGGAAGGACCAUCCGGAGAUGUGGCAGUAGCGCCUGAGAUGCCCGGCCACCACGACACAAUUACGUCGUUCUACUUCCACAGCAACCUGACCAGCCUGCACCACCCGCUGGUCCCUCAGCGAGUUGAUGAGCACCUGUUCAUCGUCCUCGGCCUUGGCUCAGUCUGCAAGCAUGGCCGGCAGUCCUGUAAAAGGGAAGAUAAAAACGAGACCAUCCUCGUUGCAACCAUGAACAACAUCUCCUUCCAGCACCCAGUGGCGACAACGCCACUACUAGAAGCGCACUACUACCACACUGGUGGCAGAAAUGCCAUGGAAGAACUUCCAGAUCAGCCGCCAAGGGUGUUUAAUUUCACUGACCUUGACUUGAUUCCCUUUGGACCAAAGGAGAUGCAGCUAGAGCCAUCGUCCAAGGCCACUGUGGUGCGGCGGUUCCGGCAUGGUGCCGUGGUGGACAUGGUGUUCCAGAGCACGGCAAUGCUGCAGGGUGACUCCAACCCGAUGCAUCUACACGGUCAUGACAUGUUUCUGCUUGCAGAGGGACUUGGUAACUACGACGCAGCAAAAGACAUGACAAGGUUCAACCUGGUCAAUCCACCGGUGAAGAAUACCGUUCUCGUCCCAAAUCUGGGAUGGGCUGCCAUCCGGUUUGUUGCAAACAAUCCAGGGGUAUGGUUCAUGCAUUGCCACUAUGAGUUUCAUUUGGCCAUGGGCAUGGCCGCAGUGUUUAUUGUAGAGGAUGGUACAACUGCAGACACAUCUCUCCCUCCACCACCUGUAGAUUUUCCAACAUGUUUUGGUAACUGUGAUAAUGUCCUGCCAUAUGAAUUGCGCCUUGAAAAUAUGAAAGGUGAACAUAACUCCAUUUAGUUUCCAGAGAAACUAACUGGUCGGCCCACACAACUGUGGUGCUACUAUCAUUAUUCAAGUAUGCAAAUAAUGAUGUAUUAUACUGAUCAAUCAAUAAUUUGUGGCUUAUCUUACAA